ACUUUCCUGACUCGAGCAAAUCACUUCAAAACGUCUGCAUAAAAUUGCAACAAGCAACCCAAUAUCCCACGCCUUCCUUGCAUAUCAACGAUUCAACAUGGCGGCCACCGUCCACGUCAAGAACAUUGGCGGCGAGACCGAGGACAAGGAAGUUAAGGACUUCUUCAGCUUUUGCGGCAAAAUCGCCUCCAUUGAGAUCAAGCCCGAAGGCACCACCAAGUCUGCCACGGUAACUUUCGAAAAAGAGACCGCCGCCCGCACCGCCCUCCUCCUUAACCACACAAAGCUCGGCGGCAACGAGAUCACCGUGACUGGUGAAUCCGCCGACGCCCCACCUCGCGACACCUCCUCCUCCUCCUCCGAAACCACCACCACGCGUGACACGGCCGAGCUGAGCCAAGAGGAGAAGCCCCGGUCGCGUAUCCUAGCUGAGAUCCUCGCGCACGGCUACCUGGUGGCCGACCAGGGCCUGCAGACGGCCAUCAAGCUUGAUGAGCAGCACAACAUCUCGUCGCGGUUCGUCAGCACGCUGCGGCAGCUCGACGAGCGCACGCACGCGAUCGACCGCGCCCGCGCCGCCGACAGCAGCUACGGCAUCUCGCAGCGCGCGACCAACCUCUGGAACGGGCUGUGGUCGUACUUUGAGAGCUCCAAGGACACGCCCACGGGCCGGAAGAUUGUCAACUUCUACACGUCGGGCGGGAAGCAGGUGCAGGAUAUCCACAAUGAGGCGCGGCGGUUGGCCGAGCUGAAGAAGCAGGAGGGCGGCGGUAGUCUGCUCCAGAGCUUGGGCCUGGACAAGGUUAUGGGCCGGUUCCAGUCGGCCAAGGAGGGUGAGUCGAGCAAAGGUGGUGCUGCUGGCUCGGAGAAGAAGGACAUUCCUGGUGCUGCGCCGGCAGAUGCGGCAAGAACUGAGUCGGCGGAGAAGCCUACUGCUCAGUCCGGGGUGGGCAAUCCUGAGACGAUUCACUAAGUGUGCUGUCUUGAUGGAGGUUGAGAUCAUGAAUUCAGUGUGGUUUUAGCUUUCCCAUGUAUCUGCUCGGUGGCUUGGGUUUGAGGCUUUCAUCUCAUCCUAUUGUUGUUCAUGAAUUUGAAGCCUCGAGUAGCGGUCCAGGAACUCUGAAUGAGCAUGCUUUUUUUACGUCGUGGUUUCGGAGUGCUCAAUUUGCUAGAUCCUUUCGCAUCAGCCCCAUCGUAUCCUUCAAUGUAUCUCCCAAGCAGGCACCCCAAAUUGCCCAAUCAUUUCUCCUUCCUUUUGGAGCAAAUACCACGUCGGAUCAACUGCGAUGCGAAGCUUCAGACAUCCGGCAUGGAUCUCAGUUGAGACCACAACAGCCGAUUUCAAGAAAGGGUUCACGGCCUUUUCCUACCGAGAACAUAUGAUUAGG